UCCGCUAGAUGGCUAAGCAUUUUUUGAGCCGUAAGAUGCAAUUUAAAACAUUUAUAAAUAUAAUAUUUUGCAUCCAUUGUAAAGAGCUUCACACGUGCUGAUGUGUAAAUAAAUAUUUACAAUCAUGAAGGAAUCUUUACUGACGAAUUGUGAAAGAAACUUUGUAAAUAAAGCUGUAGAACAAGGCACGCGAUUAGAUGGCAGAAAUUUGUUGGAAGCACGUCCGGUUAAAAUUUAUUUUGGAUCUAAUUGGGGCAGUUGCAUGGUUUUACUUGGUCAAACAAGAGCUGUAGCACAGGUAACAUGUGAUAUUCAGCAACCUAAGACAUCUCGCCCUAAUGAAGGCAUGUUACAUAUAAAUGUUGAACUUAAUGCAAUGGUAACUCAGAAUUUUGAUGCUGGUAAACAAGCAGAAGUUUCAGUAUUAAUUAGUAGACAGCUGGAAAAAUGUUUUAAAGACUCGAAAUGUAUAGAUUUAGAAUCUUUAUGUAUUAUAGCAGAUAAAAAGGUGUGGAAUUUAAGAGUUGAUAUUAAUAUUAUUAAUCAUGAUGGAAAUUUAAUUGAUUGUGCAUCCAUUGCAACAUUGGCUGCACUUUCACAUUUUCAUAGACCAGAUGUAACUUCAACUGGUGAAGAAAUUAUAAUUCACCCAUUUUGUGAAAAAGAUCCAUUACCUUUAACAAUAUACCACUAUCCAGUAUGUGUGUCUUUUAUAACAUUUGAAAGUGGAAAUACAGUUAUGGAUCCUACGUAUAUGGAAGAAAGGGUUGGAGUAGCUCAGUUAACUCUUGGUAUAAACUCAUACAGAGAACUUUGUAGCUUACAUUUUAAUUAUUUGACGAAAACUAUGACUAUCCAAGAUGUUAUAUCAGCAGUUUCUAGUUAUGCUGCAAAUUAUGCUACUGAAUUAGUACAACAAAUUAAAGAAGAAGUAGCAUAUGAUGUAGAAGCAAGGUAUAAAAAAGAUGAUCGUAAUACACAUCGUUUUAAAGAAUGUACAACAAUGAAAAAGUUAACUACAAUGAAUUGCGAAUCCAUUAGUAUCAAAUUACGCAAAUGGGGUAAAAAAGACACAAAAAAAUCUGAUGAAAUAGAAAUGCAGGAAGAAGAAAAUGAUAAAUGUAAAAUUGUAAAACCUGGAGAAGGUUCUGCAGAACUCAUAAUGGAUACAAAUAUGUCAUUUGGUAAUGGUGGACCAAAUACAUGGGACGUAGAGGAAUCUUCAGAGGAAGAAGAUGAUAUUGAAAUUACUGAAGUAAAGAAGGAAGAAAAGAAAGUCAUAGAUGAUAUAGAGAUAAGCGGAGAUAGUGAAGAAGAAACUACUAGAGAACUUGAUUCAAAACUUUUAAUGUUAUAAAUAAUAUUAACAAACAUAAGAGUAUUUGUAUGAAAACCACUUUAUGUGAUGUUUCCUGACUUUUUCAGCGUUCAUCUUAUGAAUCUAAUGACAAUUAAAAAAUGAAAAAAUAAACAAUACUUUUAAUGUG